AUUGUCUAAUGGAGGAUCCUCGCUCAAGCCGCCUCACCUUGCGAUCAGCAAGUCGACGCAAUAGUGAGUCAAAUGCGCAUGAGAAGUUGUCGUCUGGUAGCUCUUCAAGAAUGACAUCCAAUGGAUCACCUUCGAAAAGUCCGGUUCUUGGCAAAGGUCGUGCACUCUCAGUCCCAGCGGAUAGUAGUCGGAGAAAUGAGACGGACUCUUCAUAUGGAAUUGGUCUACAUGCGUCAUGUUUUGGAAAACGAGACGUUUAUCCGGGUGAUAAAGUCAAGCUCAAGAGAUUGUUGAAUGCGAUUCCUGAAAACUUCAGUAUUCCGAUUUUGCGCAUUGUUCAGAUUGGUGAAUACAACGAUGGAAGGACACCAAGAAGUAUUUUGUCUUAUCGCGAGAACAUGGCGAAUGUUGACGAGUUUUCUGACGAUUUGGUGAUUGAACUUUUGGUGUUUUUCGAGUUGACACAAGUCGACGUGGACAGGGCCAACUUUUUUACUCAAUUCCUGGAAGCUAAGGCGGAAUAUUAUGAAUUCACAUCUUAUGAUAAUCGAGUGUCGGAUAUUCCAAACAACAAACUAAGGCCAACUCCAUUGUAUUCACUGCAAUACGAUUCUCGUACUACAUAUUCGGGCACUCCAGGCUACUCUAAUUCGAGUGAAAAAUCCGGAGAAUCGACGAGCCGUGCCAGAUUGGCUGUGUCUGAUUUGCAAUCCUUUCAAGAUGUCACACAUGGAACUUCGAGUGCAAGUGAAUUUCCUGUAUCUUCAGCAAAUGCACCCGUUGAGAGUUUGAGCAUUGGUUUAAGUUCGAGCUUUGGGCACACGUUGAACAUCAGUUCGGUAUCGGAGGAAGUUCAAAAUGUUCAAGCAUUUCAAGAAUCUUCUUCUUUGCCGUUUGUUCAUGCCAAUCAAUGUUCAACUUCGUCAGCCAAGAAUUUUGAUUUGUUUCCAGUUGAUCCGAGGAUGAAGAUUGAUGCUCGUAUCAUCAACAAUCAUUCUGUUGAUUUUGGCUGUUUAGAACGUGAUCGUCUCAAUUGUGAACUUUUAGAAGAGCAAAAGCAGGACACAUGGAAUCUUGAACCUGCGUUGGAUCCCCGACUUGACAUCUAUCAAUCUGUAGAAAUCGAAACAACUUUUGACAGUUCCAUUGAUGAUUAUUGUGCAGACUUCGUGAUUGAUUCAACAACGAAUGGAAUGAAUAUGGAAGCUCUUGCAAUCGAGGAACAUAAUAAUCAAAAGGAGCACCAAUGGAUCGCGACCAAUCAGCAGUCUAUUUUGGAUGAAUAUACUCACGAAACUGGUCCAUUGUUACCUGAUCCAAGCCUGUUGCAAGCAAUAUAUCCGACUUUGACUGAUACAAAAGGAAACACGAGUUCUAGCACGAAUGCCAAUACUUUCGAUGAUUCUGGUUUCGAAAUGUUGGAGGACCAACUUGGAGAAAGUUGUGAACAGAUGAAGAGUGAUCAAAAGGAGCACCAAUGCACCCCAACCGAGUACGAAUCUAUGCUGAACAAAUAUACCUACGAAACGGGUCCAUUGAUUCCUGAUCUAGACAUGCUGUUCGGAAAACGACGUUCAACAUCAAUUGAUACAACAGGCAGCACGAGUUCUCGCACGGACCUGCAUAGUCUGAAUGACUCUGGUUUUGAAGAAAACGCAGCCCAACUUCGAGAAAGCGUUGACUCUACGGAUCAUAAAUCAAGUACACUGAAGCAAAAUCAGACAGAAAGCUCAUUUUCUAUGAACAGUGCAGAGCUUGGAAUUCGAUCCAAGAAAGCUAAUGUAUCGAGAAUGAGUUCUUCUAUUUCGGAAGAUUUUGGUGUUUCAUGGAACCGUAUUCCAGUACGAAAGGUUUAUACAGUUUACGCGCCCACUCAGAAGAAACUUGUGAAUUCUCGUGCAUUCGAUAGGCUCAAUGGACCAUCAGGGUCUGGUGUUCAACUCCAAGAUCAAAGCACGAGGAGAGAGAAUGCUCCCGUCGGUACUUCUGGUGGAGAUUUACGGAAUUCAUCCAAAAAUCUGCCAUUGACUUCUUUUCGAAGAAGCCCUCCCAAACGGAAUAACAUUGAUUCUUAUGAAACUUCAUCUCGCGAUGCACCAUCUGGAUCUGGAGUUCAAAAAAUUACCAAGAAGAAGAAAAUUUAGCUAUUUUCUGCUGAACUUUUAAAUCGUCUGCAAAUAGUUUUAUUCAUUCACCCAUUCCCUUUUCACAUUCAAAAUUUAUAGCAUUUUUUGUAUUCAAAUUCUUUAUAUUGACUAUGACAUAUUUAUAGUUAUCAUUCAAAUACGUUUAGUUCUUGAGUGGCUUGUACCACAAAUGUUUUAUAUUUAUUAAUUAUAAUCCUCAAAUUUCCUAUCCCCACUUUCCCAUUACCAGUACAGAUUUUACCGAUUUUGUUAACAAGUGCCCUUUAUAUCAAUUUGUUUCCGUUCUAUAUGUGUAUACUUGCCUUAUAGAUACUCGUUUUAUAAAUGAAAUUUUUGAGUUGA